CCAUUUGGCUCAGAUCAGUCGCAACCUCAAGGACAUGCUCCGCAUCAGCAGCUAAAUCCGGUGCUUUAGACAAGAUGCCACUACAUUUUUCUCGAUUUAUCACUCCCGCCCCCUUUUUUUUUGCCUUUAUAUUGCUCCCUUUUCCUCCUUUCCCUUUUACUCCAUCGCAGUUGCUUUCGUUUAAUGUAUCUCUCUCUCCUCUUUCUUUUGAUUUUGAUUGCAUCUUCAGAGGCGUGUGAGGAACGCUUUUCUCCCCUCAGCGCACUCGGUGGGCCUCGUGUCCACCUUGGAUCUGCAUCCGUCCUUCCGAGGCUCCGGACGCCGACCCUUCUUCUUCUUCCUUAUUGCCGCAUGCUACUGAUAUCUUCUCUAUUUAUGCCUUCUCGUUCUCCUCAUCGGCUGUCCUUCUUCCCCGCCGAUCCGCUUUUGCCGUCAUCGCGGCGCUUUCCCUUCUCACCAAUCCCAUCCUCCCUCACCAUCGACUCUCCAACAUCCUCUCCACCUCCAAUCUCCGCCUCGAUCGUAACUCUCGUCCACACCAUUGCUCAAACGCACACUCUCCCUUAUCGAGCCUCCUUGGCUCCUCAACGCACAUCACCACACAAUACCGUCUCUCCCUAUCCUCUCUGUCGCCUGUUUGUGCAGGCGAUGUCCUUCGCUAUACAGAUGUUUGCCCCACCCCCUCUCAUCCGCCCCUCUCUCGACCACAUCAACGUUUGUUUCGCUUUGUUCGAAAGCCUCUGACGCUUUUGCUUCAUACCCUCCCUUGCGUGUGUAUAAUUUACUGUCAAUUUUGGGGACCCUGCACCUAAACAGCUGCGACUUGGAGUUGCGCCUACACUAUUUAUUAUUUAUUUUCGCAUCCUU